AUGACUAACGUCCCAGAAACAUCCACAGACAACCUGGAGAUCGACGACCAAGGAAUCAACCUUGUUGGCAACUUUGUCUAUCUCGGCAGCAACAUCUCGUUCGAACCGAACAGCAAAGAAGUCCAUAGACGGAUUGGCUCGGCAUGGGGAGCUUUUGCCCAACACCGACAGUUCCUCACAGACCGUCGAGCUCCUCCACAUCUCAAACGAAGAGUCUUCCUCAACGGUUGUGAAACCAGGGCUAUAAAGGCUGACCAGGUGAGGAAACUGGAUGUGGCACAGAGAAGAGUGGAGCGAGCCAUGCUUAGAGUCACGAAACUGAACAGGGUGACGAACGAAGUUCCAAUGACCAAGAGAGAUCAUUCGACACACGCAACCAGUCUGAAAAAGGAGGUUCUAAUGUCAAAACAGCAGUUCUGCCUAUUCAUAUCUGUAUAA